GUCAACUGUCCGAAGGCCGUCCCUCAUUGAUCGGCCUUAGAGUAGUAGAGUUAGGAAAUGAAACAAGUAUCAUUGAAAUAAAAUAAAUGAACCAAGUCUGAAAAGUAACAGUAAUGAAUUUUUUUUAAAAAAACUUUUCUUUGAUAGACAUGUUUACUUACACUUAUUUGAGAAUAUUGGAACCGCAAAUAGGCACCAAAUAUUUAUCUUUCAACCUAACCUAACCUAACAAUUUCAUAUAACUAAUUCUAAAGCUAGAGUUAUUUUCGACACGAAAUCAAUUUACAAUCACCAAAACACGGUUUUGUUUACAUUCGAUAAAACGAAUUCAUAAAUAAUAUGGUUUCAUCCGAUAGAUUUUAAUCUACCAAAAAGUAUUGCGUUAAAUUGUAAGCAACAUGCUACGAUUCACAAUCUUCAACAGUUCACAAUUUCGCGAGAUAUAUUAUAACCUAACGUUAGGUAUUUAAAAUUAACAGGAUAAUUUUGAUGUGAAAUUUUGCUUCUAUCAUGCUAACUUUUGUAGUUACUAACGUAUAGAUAACUAGACCUACAGUUGAAGUGAAAAACACGUCUAAUGGAAUUUCUGGCAGCUGCUGAAUAUUUGAGCGUUGAUCCAUAUAUGAGAGCAUACGCUCCUAGAGUUAAAACGGGAAAGACAUUUAUGGGCUCACAAAUAGCUAAAAUUUUAGAAAGUAAAAAUCCAGAUUUUCCAGAAGGAAAGUAUAUAGUGGGAGAAUAUGGCUGGAGAACGCAUACAGUAUCAAAUGGAAAACCAUUGGCAAAUGGUGUACCAUCAGCUUGGUUGAUACCAGAUUUAGGAAAUCUUCCCAUUUCAUUAGCUUUAGGUGUAUUAGGAAUGCCAGGGAAUACCGCAUAUUUUGGUUUAUUAGAAAUUUGUAAGCCAAAAGCAGGAGAAACAGUUAUAAUAACUGGAGCUGCAGGAGCCGUAGGAAGUCAUGUAGGUCAAAUUGCCAAAAUUAAGGGAUGUAAAACAAUUGGCGUUGCAGGAUCCGACGAAAAAGGAAAGUGGUUAGUACAAGAACUUGGAUUCGAUCACUUUAUCAAUUACAAAACUGAUAAUGUCAAAGCGAAGUUGAAGGAAUACGCCCCAAAUAAAAUUGAUUGUUAUUUUGAUAAUGUGGGUGGUGGAAUAAGUUCUCUAAUAAUGAUGUAUAUGAAUUUAUUCGGAAGAAUAUCUGUUUGUGGAGCUAUUUCUGGAUAUAAUGAGACAGAGUUACCGAAAGCACCCAUUGUUCAGUAUCCAAUGACGUUCAAUCAGCUGAAAAUGGAAGGAUUCAUUGUUCACAGAUGGUUGGAUAGAUGGUUGGAAGGAAUUGAGCAAAAUAAAAAUUGGAUUCAGGAGGGAAAGUUGAAAUACCCAGAAACGGUGACUAAUGGCUUUGAAAAUAUGUACGAAGCUUUUACAGAUAUGUUGCGAGGUGGUAAUAUUGGGAAAGCUAUAGUUAAAGUUUAAUUAUGGAAAAUAUAAUGUUUGCUCAAAAAUUUUAUUCAAAAUUAAAAGAUAUGUGAAUCGUGUACGAUUCCAAACAAAAUUUGAUUAUUACUUGUGUUUUGCAUCAACAUACUGUCAGUAUUGAUAUAUUUUUUAUAAUAAAUAUGUUUAUAUUGUAA